AUGAGUGCUCUGCAGCAGUUCUCCAAUUGGGACAAGCCACUCUCAGAUGAUGCUACCGAUCGCCCACGAAAGAAGCGCCGCAAGUAUAUUGCCAAAGCUUGCAAUGAAUGCAAACGUCGCAAAAUUAAAUGUAAUGGCUUGACGCCCUGCCAGCGUUGUGGGCGGCAGGAUAUUGAAUGCAUCUACGUGGAGAACGCGCAUUCGGACCCCCCAAGCGAACAAGAGAACUUCGAACGGUUGUUUGAUCAGAUGAGAGCCAUGCAAGAUCAGAUUACUAUGCUGUCUGCGAGUGUUCGCUCAAUCGCUAGCUCCGAGCAAUCCCCAGUUGGUCUUUCUACCACGGGCAACUAUGGGCUUCUGCCAGCGCAGCGCCCCCUUCGCCGCGUAUCGACAGCGAAGGAAUCCCCGUUCCAGGGACCAACCACUUCGGCAUUUGGAUUCGAAGUCGCAAAAUCCAGCUUACAGCAGCGUGGAAUUGUUGAGCGCAUCGAGGCGGGCGAGGCGGGCGACAUGACGCAAGAGCCUUCACCCUUGGCAUCUCCCUCGGCCCCAAAUGACACAAUAGACACCCGACAUACUCUAGAUCUACUCUGGGCUCUUCCAAAAACGGAGGCGCUGAGACUUUGCCGGGUAUACGAGGAGGAAAUGGGAAUCAUGUACCCGGUGCUAGAGCUGUCAGAGCUCUUGGAUCAGGUCGACCGGCUUUAUAGCCCAGCAGACCGUGCAAUUGAUUCGGUCAUUCAACUAGACCGAGAGGAUGUUCACAUUCUUCGUCUGGUGUUUGCUUGCGCAUUGACGGCAGAGGGCAGCGGUCGGAGCGAGCAGGCCAUAUCCUUGUUCGACAGUGUUCGGGAUGUUCAAGAUAACUGUGUCUGGGGCCCGCCCGAGAUCAAGAGCAUUAUAUUCCUUACUCUUGUGUCAAUCUUCUACUUUCAAAUGGACGAAGAGACCUUGGCAUGGCGGACUAUUGGUAUUGUUGAACGCAUGUGCCUCGAAAAAGGUCUUCAUCGACGAGAGGCUUUGAACCAACCGGCAAUCAUGGCUGCCGGGAAGGAACGAGCUUUGCGUCUCUUUUGGUCCAUAUACAUCUUGGACAUGCGUUGGAGCUUUGGAACUGGCAUGCCAUUUGCUCUCGAAGAUACGGACAUCGAUCCUUGGCUUCCAGAGCCGGAGGAAAAGACUCCAUAUCUGCGUGUAAUGAUUCGAUACAGCCGCAUAGCAGCGAAAGUAUGGAAAUUCAUCUCGGCUUUCAACAACACGAACGAGAUCAGGAAGGACGAGAUGAACUAUUUGGAUUGGCAAGUGCUGCGGUGGGCUAACACAAUUCCGGACCCGUUACGCCUUGAGAACUCAAACGCCGCGGAUUCUGGAGAUCACGCCGAAGACCCACGAAGUCUGCGUCGACUGCGUGCCCUGCUCUAUCUUCGUUCGAAUCAGCUACGCAUGUUAAUCCACCGCCCUGUUCUCCACACGGCCGCACACAUAAUGCGGUACCCCGGCGAGUCUGAGACUGUGGUGGAGCUGGCCAAGGAUACAAUCCGCUUCAUAACCCGCCUGAACGAUACAUCCGACAUCUAUCAGCUGCAGCAGGUCGCUUUCAAUUGGUUCCUCGUGUCAGCUUUGGCGGUGCUAUUUUUAGCCGUAGCCCAGGCCCCAACGCAAUUCAGUGGCUCAUGCAAAGAGGAGUUUUUCUGGGCGCUGGAGUUGGUCAAAGGAUUCUCCGCACAAUCAUACAUAUCCCGCCGACUGUGGAAGUCCAUUCGAAGCCUCCGCAAGCUUGGACCCCAAUUAGGUCUAGGAGUCCAGAAAAAGCGACUCGACAAUCACGCCGGAGUCGAGCACGAGAAAUUAGAUGCGAAUGCGUCGCCCGCUCCGGCCCCAACCACGAGUGCCCAGAGUCAAACACCACAAGACGGAGCUCAAAUGACACAGGAGCUGAUGGAGUGGUUUGAGGCAGUGGGCAAUCUGGAAGACCAGAUCUUAGGAAUGGGAGCUGGUCCUGUACCGGAUGGAGGCCCUUAUCAGCAGAUGCCAAAUGGGGGCUUUGUCUUUGACUACGGCGAAGAGUUGUCGAGCGUGAUGAAAGAUUGUUUUUAA